AUGACUAGUAUUGGAAUUUCGAAUAUUAAUACAAGAAGUUCACAGCCUCUUAACAAUGAAAUCGAAUAUGAACGAAUUACACGUACACUUAAUUAUUUAGUUAAACACUUUUUGCGUGAAGUUACGAGUAAAACGAGUAGUAAAGACGUGCCUGGCUCAAGUGAAACCGGAAAAACUACUGAUUUGACAUUGCGACAGCAGCAAACAUUCGAUUAUUGUUUACGGAUAUUAGGAAGUCGAAUAACACCUUCAAUAGUCAGUGACGAAAUUCACGUAUCCGAUCUUAUAAAGAAAAAAUUAAUUCGUGAACAUAAAUCCUCUUCGAAAGCGUUACGCUUCACCAACUUAUUCACAAAAUUACAAUCUCAGUCUAUCGUGACGCGUAAAUGGGCAAUAUUGUAUUUUUUACUAUCAGUUAGUGAACAGUCAGCCAAUGGCGAAGUAACUGGAAAUGUAAACAAUCCAAUAGAGCAAGCAUUUGCGUAUCGUGGAUUACAAGAUAUUUCUAAAUCUCUAGAGUCUGAAAGAAUCAAAUCAACAUCCGAAGAGUUAAAAAAUCGGUUCAUACCGAAUGUAUCGCCUCUAUCAAAACAGUCUUCAAAUUAUUCAAAAGAAAAGGAGCCACUUCCACCUAAAACAAUACUAAUUAAACAAUUGGCAACAUUAGAUAAUAAUAAUGAGAUUCCCGAAGCUUUAUUGUUACGCGAUAUCGUAUUUAUAUUUCAAGGAAUCGAUGGCCAAUAUAUUAAAUAUGAUAAAAGUUCAUCUUAUAUCAUCGAUUCGAAGGCCGAAAUUACCCGAUCCACCCGUAGCCUUUUACAUCAACUCUCGGAAUUAGGUUGGCUUUAUCGACGUGUAAAUGAUUUCGUAUACACAAAUGUGAAUGAUAUAUCUAUUGGUCUGGUCGGUCAGGCCUUUUGUUCUGCUUUACAACGUGAACUGACGGAAUAUUAUAGAUUCAUUGCCGUUCUUGAAGCUCAAGUUACGAAAGUAGCGGAUGGUCAACAAGCUGAAUCUCAAGGACCUUCAUUGAAACGUUUAUUUUUAUGGACUCAAGAGUCUUUGUUAAAAUUACGGAUAAUGUCCGUGUUGGUGGAAUGUUGUAAGCAAGUACGAGGUGGAGCCUUAGUAUCAACGAUCUAUAAUUACACAAACCAUGGAGAUCCGUUUAUUCAGCAGUUUAUUAACAAUACACUUGAAGAGGUUUCUAGACCGUUCUUUGAAAUGCUUCAGCGCUGGAUUUAUGGUGGUGAACUAGAGGACCCUUUCGGUGAAUUUUUUGUUGCUUGUGAUCCAGAUGUUAAAGAAGAAGAUCUGUGGCAGUCAAAAUAUACUAUUCGACCAGACAUGCAACCAACUUUCAUUAGUUCUUUACUUGCCAAAAAACAGAUAUUUGCCAUAGGAAAAUCACUCAACUUUAUUAGAUAUAGUUGUCAUGAUAGUGACUGGGUAGUCACAAAUGUAGGAGCUGAUAAGGGCAAGCUGUUGAAAUAUGGUGAUAUUAUAGCGUUAGAAAGUUCUAUAGACGCAACUUACACUGCUACAAGUCAGCGGCUUCUUAAUAUUUUAUUCACGAAAUAUAAACUUCAAGAACACUUUACUGCCUUGAAACGCUACUUAUUGCUCGGUCAAGGUGAUUUUAUACAACAUUUAAUGACCCAACUCGGACCAGGCCUUUCAAAACCUGCAAAUACGCUCUAUCGUCAUAAUCUUACUGGUACUUUGGAAGCAGCUAUUCGUGCAUCAAAUGCACAAUAUGAUGAUCCUGACAUCCUUCGUCGAUUGGAUGUUAGACUCCUUGAGUCGUCUUUCGGAGAAGCUGGCUGGGAUGUUUUCAGUUUGGAUUAUCAUGUUGAUUCGCCUAUAAAUACCAUUUUUACGCCACAUGCGAUGCAGCAAUAUCUUCAAUUAUUCAAUUUCUUAUGGCGUUUAAAGCGAGUCGAACACGAUUUGUCGUCUACCUGGCGCCGUAAUAUGGCUAGCGCGAGAAACUUAUACCAAAUCGAAGAGUUGAAAAAGGAUAUAAAUACAAGCAGAUUUGUUUGUAGCGAAAUGAUACAUUUUACAUGCCAAUUGCAAUAUUACAUUUUAUUUGAGGUUAUCGAAUGUUCAUGGGAUGAACUUAUUAAAGACUGUAUAAAGUCAGGAGACUUGGAUUCACUUAUCGAAGCUCAUAAUAAAUAUUUAACGAAUGUUACUACAAAAGUCUUUUUGGGUACCUCAAAUAAUCAAAAUUACUUGUCCAAGUUAUUGAACAUAAUUCAAUUUAUAUUGCAGUACAAAAAUGGUUUGGAUGAAUUGCACAAUUUCAAUUUAAAAGAAUUUUUACGCAAGGAUAAUACCAACAGAGAAAAUCUUAAAAUGAUUCAAGAACAUUUAACUGAAGUUGCUGGUCUUUUCAAACGCGAAGUAGUCAACUUACUAAGUGAUCUGGCUAAUCACCAUGAUACAGAUCUGAGAUUUCUUACGUUAUUAGUAAAAGCUCAAAUUCCACCGAUCUAUAAAAGUUCGAUCAAAUUAUUGAAACAGUACACGAUCGUUCGUGAAAACAAUACUCUAAGCACGGAGGUUGUCAUGGAAUCAAACUUUGGUGGCUGGAAUUCAUUAUAUCGAGAUAUACCAUCAAACGAACGCUUAAAUUAUCGUUAUCAUCCUGAGCUGUUGGUAUUAGCGCUACCACUAGCGAACCGCGUUCAAACACUCCAUGGACCAUGCCAAUCUGUCAAAAGACUUCAUAUUAUAAUCCAGGAGGACCUUCCCAAGGGUCAAGAUGACGGCGAGGAAACCUCACUGUCC